AUGUUAAACUCUUUGGUCAUUUGUAAGCCACAAUCUCUUCGCUUGUCGCAGUCUACUUAACCCAGGACCAGAGGAUAGUAAACCAAACGAAACCCAAGAGAACGAGCUGACCACUGCAAAGGUUUACCGGUACGGAACUCCAAACGAAAUCGUUUUGGGAAGCACUUUCGUCUUCUUGCUUUGUAGCUUAUGGUGUCGGUGAACCCCAACCCAGCUCAGGGGUUUUACUUCUUCGAUCCCAUGGGUAUGGGACUUACUGGUCUGAAUUCUCUACGGCCGCCGGUGACUUCUACCAAUACUACUACUACUGACACCACUAUUGCUACUAAUACAACGGCGGUUAACACUUCGGCUUCCACGACGAGUGCGGCUGCUAAUACUGUAGCAUUUGCGGACGAUCCGAGUAAGAAGAUCCGGAAACCGUAUACUAUCACUAAGUCUAGAGAAAGCUGGACGGAACAAGAGCACGACAAGUUUCUUGAAGCUCUUCAACUAUUUGAUCGUGACUGGAAAAAGAUUGAAGCUUUUGUUGGGUCAAAGACGGUCAUCCAGAUACGUAGCCAUGCGCAGAAGUACUUUCUGAAGGUUCAAAAGAGUGGGACAAGCGAACAUGUUCCUCCACCUCGGCCAAAGAGAAAAGCAGCGCAUCCAUACCCGCAAAAGGCAGCUAAAAAUGCAGCUCCAGUUGUCUCCCAAGUGACAGGUCCAUUUCAAUCUUCAUCUGCUUCAUUAGAGCGUGGAUAUGUUUACAGACCAGAUUCGUCAUCAGUUCUUGGAAAUCCAAUGACUGGUGGAAGUUUAACAACCCGGGGUUUUAACUCUUUGGCACCAGUCAAUGUGUCUCAAGUGACUAAAGAUGAUGCGGGAUUGGCUGGGCCAACAAUUGCACAUAAUUGCUGUUAUAGCAGCAGCAAUGAGAGUACCCCAAGGACUUGGCAAACUAGUGAAAUAAUUGAUCGAGGAGAUCAGGGCAAGCCAAUGAGAGUUAUGCCAGAUUUUGCUCGAGUGUACAGCUUCAUUGGAAGUGUCUUUGACCCCAAUGCCAGUGGUCAGCUGCAGACUUUGAAACAGAUGGACCCAAUAAACUUGGAAACGGUAUUGCUGUUGAUGAGAAACCUCUCUAUUAACUUGACAAGUCCUGAGUUUGAGGAUCAUAGAAGGUUGCUUGCAUCAUAUGAUAUCAACACUGAGAAGGCAAAAUCUGUUGGUCCUUACAGCAAUAUUGGUGCCGAUAAAACUCAGAACCUUUCAGCUCCAAAAGAAGUGAGAUGUUGAAAAGUUUUUUCUGACUUUCCUGUGUGAUGGGCUUGUUAACGUCUUGGGAAUUACCUGUACUCCCAUGGAUGCUCUGCUGGCGCAGAACAGUAGAUGCUGGGGAUGAAAAAUUUCUGCAAUAACACUUUGCAAAUGAGUGGUGGUAUCGGAGAGGUUUGUAUAUAUUAAUGUGUGAUAAUAGGAUAAUUCUCUUCCUAGAUUAUUUAGGUUGUAGUUGUGCGCACGGGCAUGUAUAUAUAUAUAUAAGCUAGGCUUUUUGGAAAGGUAGCAUAGAUUUGUCUUCAAUGUUGCGACUCUGAGGCUAUCUUUGUAUAGAGUUUUGAGUGGGAGUUUUUGACUGUACAUUCUUGUUAGGAGUGCUGUUGAUGUUUUGUACGUUGGAGAAUAGUUUUAGGAGUUA